AGAGGCAGUAACUAUGAAAGUAUGGAUAGUGAAAACUGUUUGAUGUCUGGAACAACAGCAGAUUUUUAUGCUGCGCACUUAACAGUGUGUGCAGGUCCCAGUACUUGUGAGGAGCAAAAUGCAAGUGAAUGCAGUGAAUUGAAACAAUGUGAACAUGAUGGCCAUUCAAACGAAUAUUUAAAAAUGAAUGAUAAAGAGAUGACAUGCGAGUGUAAAUGCUGUGGACAAAAUUUUGAUAUAGAUACUUUGAAAACACAUUUGGGAAUCAAAACAGAAGAUGUGCUACUACUUCAGUGUGAACUUUGUGGAAAGCAAUUUGAUAACAAAAGUGAAUUGGAAAAACAUUUGAAAACACAUACAGGAGACUCAACUUAUGGAAAGAAUUCUGUGAGUUGUGACAAUUUUAAGGUGCACACAACAUAUGAAUGUUUUCAUUGUGGAAUGAAAUUUCCACACAGUAGCCUAUUGAAAAGUCAUCUGAGCAUACACAGCGGAGAGACACCGUACGAAUGUGAACAUUGUGGAAAGAAGUUCAAUAUAAUGACCAGUUGGAAAGCACACGUGAUGAUACAUGCAUUAGAGAAGCCAUACAAAUGUGAAUAUUGUGGAAAGAAGUUUAAAAGAAAUAAUGCUUUGAAAACACACUUAUUGAUACAUACAGCAGAGAAGCCAUAUGAAUGUGAAUAUUGCGAAAAGAGGUUUUUAAAAAAGAAUGGUUUGAGAACACAUUUAAUGAUACAUACAAGAGAGACACCAUACGAAUGUGAACAUUGUGAAAAGAAGUUCUAUCACAGUAUCCAUUUAAAAAACCAUGUUUUGUGUACACACACAGAAGAUAAAAAUUCUGUGAAUAGUGGCAGGAUGAAAACUGAUUUGAAGAUGCACACAGCGUAUGAAUGUUUUCAUUGUGGAAAGAUAUUUCAACACAGGAGCUCGUUGAACAAACAUAUGAAAAUACACAGUGAAGAAAUAACAUAUGAAUGUGAACAUUGUUUCAAGAAAUUUCAAAACAGGAGUUCAUUGAACAAACAUCUGAGAACACACAGUGGAGAAAGACCAUAUGAAUGUGAACAUUGUGGAAAGAAAUUUCAAAGCAGGAGUUCAUUGAACAAACAUCUGAGAACACUCAGUGGAGAAAGACGAUAUGAAUGUGAACAUUGUGGAAAGAGGUUCAACGAAAAUAGCACUUUAAAAACACAUAUGAUGUUGCAUACAGGAGAAAGGCCAUACGGAUGUGAAUAUUGUACACAGAGAUUUAUUACCAAUACCAGUUUGAAAAUACAUUUGAUGACACAUACCGGAGAGAUGCCACAUGAAUGUGAAUAUUGUGGAAAGAGGUUUAAGACAAACAGAAGUUUUAAAACACAUUUAUUGAUACAUACAGGAGAUAAGCCAUAUGAAUGUGAACAUUGUGGCUGGAAGUUCAACCAGCAUAUCCAUUUAAAAAACCAUAUUUUGAGUAAGCACACAGAAGAUAAGAAUUAUGUAAAUAGUGGAAAAUUCAAGAUGGACACAACAUAUGAAUGCACUGAUUGUGGAAAAAAAUUUCCACACAGUAACUUCUUGAAAAGACAUCUGAGAAUACAUCGUGAAAAAACAUAUGAAUGUGAACAUUGUGGAAAGAAGUUUAGUCUAAGUGACCGUUUGAAAAUACAUUUAAGGAUACAUACAGGAGAAAAGCCAUACAAAUGUGAACAUUGUGAAAAGAGUUUCAAACAAAUUAACCAUUUAAAAAAACAUAUUUUGCAUAUGCACAAAGAAGAGAAUUAAUUUUUUAUCUGAACAUUGCAAAUACUUCUA